AUGACAGGACGUAGAAGGGUGCUUACAUUUCUCCUCCUGGGGCUCUUUCUCGGCCUCGCCGGAUCCAGCCCACGGCAGUUCGCUGUGGGGCCCGUGCACGAGUACGUGGUAGGGAUGAGGAUCGUCACCCCCGCACCGGCCAGCCAGGGUUUUGCCGUGGUCAGGGAGCUCAGCGUCGGGGACCCCGACCUCGACGCGGUCAAGGUUUCCCUCGGCGUCCUCGGCGUCGUGUCCCAGGUUACUCUCGCCUUGCAGCCGAUGUUCAAGCGAUCAGUGACGUUUGAGAAGCGCGACGACACGGACUUCGCAUCGCAGGCGGCCAUGUGGGGCGGGCUGUACGAGUUCGGUGACAUGGCGUGGCUGCCGCGGCAAGGCAAGGUGAUCUACCGCAAGGACGAUCGCGUACCCGUCUCGACCAAGGGCAACGGCCUCAACGACUAUCUCGGGUUUCGAUCCAACCCGACGCUCGCGCUCAUAACCGCCAGAGCCACGGAGGAGCACCUGGAGGAGGACGGCAGCGACAUCGCCAGGUGCCUGGCGGCGCGGGCGCCGUCCGUGCUGUUCGAGCUGCAGGCCUACGGCUUCACCAACGACGGCUCAUUCUUCACAGGGUGGCCGGUGGUGGGGUUCCAGAACCGCAUCCAGGCGUCCGGCACGUGCAUCAGCAGCCCGGAGGACGGCCUCCUCUCCUCCUGCACGUGGGACCCACGCAUCCGGAGCCCCUUCUUCUACAACUCCGGCUUCAGCGUGGCGCUCUCGAAGGAGCCGGCGUUCAUCGCCGAGAUGCAGAAGCUCCGCGACCUCAAGCCACGCGCCUUCUGCGGCCUCGACGCCAAGCUCGGCGUGCUCCUCCGCUACGUCAGGGCCUCUUCAGCUUAUCUCGGGAAAUCUGAGGACUCGAUCGACUUCGACGUCACCUACUACCGGAGCUACACUGAGGGCGAGCCGCGCGCUAACUCCGACGUGGUCGACGAGAUCGAGCAGCUGGCGCUGCGCAAGUACGGCGCCGUCCCACACUGGGGCAAGAACCGCAACUUCGUCUUCGACGGCGUCAUCGCCAAGUACCCCAAGGCCGCUGAGUUCCUCAAGGUGAAGGCCAGGUACGACCCCGACGGGAUCUUCUCCAGCGAGUGGAGCGACCAGGUGCUCGGCAUCAAAGGGAGCCCCAACAUCGUCGAGAAAGGGUGCGCCAUUGAAGGGCUCUGCGUCUGCUCCAAGGACUCGCACUGCGCGCCAGAGAAGGGCUACUUCUGCCGGCCGGGAACGGUGUUCUCGGAGGCGAGGGUCUGCUCGACCCGGGCCGCUUUCGGCGACGAAAGCGACGACCUUCUGGAGGAACAGUGA